AUGGCGACGCCGAAACCGAAACGUAACUUCCCUCCGAUAACGGAAUGUAACGGAGUAACGUCUUCUUCUUCGCCGCGUGAAACCGUCGCGGCUGAUCUUGACGGUACUCUUCUCAUUUCUCGAAGCUCUUUUCCUUACUUCAUGCUCGUGGCCGUUGAAGCUGGAAGCCUCCUCCGUGGCUUCAUUUUACUUCUCUCUCUUCCGUUUGUGAUCAUUUCUUACCUCUUCAUAUCUGAAUCUCUCGGUAUUCAGAUUCUCAUCUUUAUCUCCUUCGCCGGUCUCAAAAUCCGCGACAUCGAACUCGCUUCACGCGCUGUGCUUCCAAGGUUUUAUGCUGCGGAUGUAAGGAGAGAGAGCUUCGAGGUGUUUGAUCGGUGCAAACGGAAGGUAGUGGUGACAGCGAAUCCGACGGUGAUGGUGGAGACGUUUGUGAAGGACUAUCUCGGCGGCGAUAAGGUUUUGGGAACGGAGAUCGAGGUGAAUCCGAAGACGAAGAAGGCUACUGGAUUCGUGAAGAAAUCUGGUGUACUUGUUGGAGACUUGAAGCGUUUGGCGGUUAUGAAAGAGUUUGGUGAUGAUUUACCUGAUAUUGGACUCGGAGAUCGCAAAACUGAUCACGAUUUCAUGUCUAUUUGCAAGGAAGGGUACAUGGUGCCUCCAAGCAAAUCAGCAAAACCAGUUCCUCUAGAGCGUCUAAAGAGCCGACUCAUCUUCCACGACGGUCGCUUUGUACAGCGUCCAGACCCGCUAAAUGCCAUCAUCACCUUCGCCUGGAUCCCAUUCGGCUUCAUCCUCUCCCUCAUCAGAGUCUACUUCAACCUCCCACUCCCUGAACGCAUAGUUCGCUACACCUAUGAAAUCCUCGGCAUCAAGCUUGUAAUCAGCGGCCACCGUCCUCCGCCACCAUCUCCAGGAACCCCCGGAAACCUUUACGUUUGCAACCACCGCACCGCCCUCGACCCCAUCAUCAUCGCCAUUGCCCUUGGCCGCAAAGUGUCAUGUGUUACCUACAGCGUCAGCAAACUCUCCCGCUUCCUGUCACCAAUCCCUGCCGUCGCACUCACCCGCGAUCGCGCCGCCGAUGCAGCACGUAUCACCGAGAUUCUCCAAAAUGGUGACCUCGUUGUGUGCCCAGAAGGCACCACGUGUCGCGAACCUUUCUUGCUACGGUUCAGUGCUCUGUUUGCUGAACUGAGUGAUAGGAUCGUUCCCGUAGCUAUUGAUUGCAAACAGAACAUGUUCUUUGGGACCACUGUUCGUGGAGUCAAAUUCUGGGACCCGUAUUUCUUCUUCAUGAAUCCUAGGCCUGUUUAUGAGGCUAGGUUUCUUGACCGGUUACCGGAAGAGAUGUCAGUUAAGGCUGGUGGGAAAUCUUCUAUUGAGGUUGCUAAUCAUGUGCAGAAGGUUUUGGGGGAUGUGCUUGGAUUUGAGUGUACUGGUUUGACUAGGAAAGAUAAGUAUCUGUUGCUUGGAGGAAAUGAUGGGAAGGUGGAGUCCAUGUAUGGUACCAAAAAGUGA